CGGCCUUCUUUUAAGAAUGAGUUCUGAACCUGAUCCUAAUACAAUUUUUAAUGCUAAAACUAACGUUGAUGCCUAUAUUGAUCUUGAGAAUGAACUUUCUGAAUCUGAUUCUAAUACAAUUUUCAAUGCUGAAACUAACGUUGAUUCCUAUAUUGAUCUUGAGAAUGAACUUAACUCUGACCUUAGAAUGGAUGUGGAUAUUGAUUUGGAUAAUAGCUCUGAUCAUAAUUUUAAUAUCGAUAAUAUUGAUAUAGCCCAACGUGCAAUUUUACCUAAUAAUAAUUCAACUAUU